ACUUAUAUUGAAAUUUGUAGUUGAUAAGAAAACAUGCGUUUAAUUUUACUAUUGUCUUUGUCUGCGGUGGCUCUUGCAGCUGAAUUACCAUUAGCUACAGAAUGUGAUGAAACUAAAUGUCUUUUGCCAAGAUGUAGAUGCUCUUCAACUAAUGUACCAGGAGGAUUAGCACCUAGAGAUGUCCCUCAGUUCGUGUCUGUAACAUUUGAUGACGCAGUGAAUGUUAUUAACAUUGAAACGUACCGAGAAAUUCUAUACGGCCGUAGUAAUUCUAAUGGCUGUCCAGCUGGUGCUACAUUCUACGUCAGCCAUGAGUACACCAACUACGUUCUUGUCAAUGAAUUGUACAACCGUGGUUAUGAGGUAUCACUCCAUUCGAUGACACAUCAAACUCCGCAAACUUACUGGGCGGAAGCCGACUACGAUGUAUUGGUAAAGGAGUUAGCAGACCAAAAGAGGCAAAUGUCACAUUUCGCGUUGAUACCUGAGCAAGAAAUCAGAGGUGUACGUCUUCCCUUCCUGCAAAUGAGUGGUAACGCGAGCUUCCAAGUGAUGGCAGAUUCUGGUCUCGUGUAUGACAACUCCUGGCCGACUGUUAGCCACGUUAACCCAGGACUUUGGCCUUAUACCCUCGACUACGCUUCAAUUCAGGACUGUGUUGUGCCGCCAUGCCCAUCCGCAUCCAUUCCAGGUCCAUGGGUCAUGCCAAUGAUUAGCUGGUCCGAUUUAAAUGGAUCUCCUUGCUCGAUGGCUGACAGCUGCUUCUUCACUCCUCCUCUAGAUGAUGAGAAUGCAUGGUACAAUUUCAUCCUUACCAACUUUGAGAGGCACUACCGCGGUAACCGAGCACCUUUUGGUUUUUACAUACACGAAUGGUACCUGGCUGUUAACCCUGCCGUCAAAGCAGCCUUUGUUAGAUUCAUGAACUACGUGAACAAUUUGAAUGAUGCAUUUAUGGUAAAUGCGAACCAAAUUAUUGAAUGGGUACAAAAUCCGAUACCCGUUUCGGAAUACAUCAGAAGACCAUGCAGACGUUUCUCAUCAACUCCUUGCCGUAUGACUGGCUGUGGACCACUCAGAUCCGAACACAAUGGGUUGGAUUACUGGAUGCAAGUUUGCAAUACCUGCCCUCGAGUGUACCCCUGGCUUGGAAACCCUCUUGGAACAUAAAUUUAAUGUAAACAAAUAUUUCAAA